AAACCCCAUCACCUUUCUCUUCUAAUCGUGUUGAUGAUGCCUUGUUCUUUCGUACUUCUCUUUUACUCCUCAUUCAAGGCUUCGCCAUGACAGGGUAGCUCCCAGGUUAAACCCUCGUAAUUUCCUUUUGACUUCUAAGAUAAAAGAGAGUACAUGAAACAUACCUUUGAUCAACUAAAUUAUAGAAAAGUCACUUGAGCUUCAGAUCAGCCAGAGAAUUAUAUAUUGUCCUUUCUUUCUUCUGCACCACUGGUUGCAAACUAGCAGAAAAGCUAUCACCUGCAAGAGCUGCAAUGAUCUGUCAUGAUGGCACCUUGUUGUUCACUGACAGAACAGCUUUAUGAGCAGCAGCAUCCAAAACUUGGAUCAAGAACAACUUCCUAAAGCUCCUCAAGGAAGACAAGAGGAUGGAGUUCUGGUCUCUGCUCAUGGUGGCUUCCAUGCCAGUGCUGCAGGUGCUGCUUGUUGGCCUGCUAGGAGCCUUUCUUGCAUCCGGCUACAUCAACAUCCUUUCUGCUAAUGCCCGCAGCGAUAUCAACAAGAUUGUAUUCGUCGUCUUCGUUCCAGCCCUAACAUUUGCAAGCCUCGCAAAGACUGUUACAGCAAAGGACAUAAUUUCUUGGUGGUUUAUGCCUGUCAACGUUGGAAUCACGUUCUUGGCUGGUGGAAUUCUUGGAUGGGCUGCAGUGAAGAUCUUGAGACCGGAGCGUCACCUUGAAGCCCUCGUCAUCGCGAGCUGCUCUGCAGGUAAUUUAGGUGCCAUGCCCUUGAUCAUCAUCCCAGCAAUCUGUGAGGAAGAGGGCAAUCCAUUUGGGGCUUCCAAGAUUUGCCGUGUCCAGGGAAUCUCAUACGCAUCUUUAUCGAUGGCGCUUGGAAAUUUCUUCAUAUGGACCCAUACCUACGGUCUUAUAAGAAAAUCGAUCAGUCAUUGUGGCAGGAUCCAUAAAGAUGAUGUGCCGACAAACAAGAACAGGAAUCCAGAGGUGGUCAGGAAAGCUAGAAUAUUUGAUCCACAAGAUUACAGUGAUCAGGAGGAGGCCUUACUUCUGCCAUCAUCUGAAGAUUCAGAACCAAGUGAUAGAACUGCAGAUCAUCGUAAUGAGAUUGAGCAAAGAGUAUCCAGCAGAAAGCUCAGUGACAUAAUUGUGCACAUAUGGGAAAGAUCGAAGGGAACUUUUUACCAGAUAUCAAAGGAACUGUUAUCACCACCAACAGUUGCUGCGGUAGGUGGCUUUAUCGUCGGUGUUGUGCCAUGGUUGAAGGCACUCAUUGUAGGAGAAACAGCCCCAUUACAUGUGGUUCAAGAUUCAGUGACAUUGCUAGGGGAUGCCACAAUACCUUGCACAAUUAUCAUUCUAGGAGGCAAUCUGACGGAAGGACUGCGCAAGUCAACGGUGAGGCCGCUGGUAAUCACAGCAAUCGUUUGUGUGCGGUAUGUCAUCCUUCCCCUCUUUGGCAUUGCGGUGGUGAUGGCUGCAGGGCAUGUGGGUUUCCUGCCACCAUCUCCACUGUACCGCUACGUGCUGCUUAUACAGUUUACAGUGCCCCCUGCCAUGAGUAUUGGUACAAUGACACAAUUAUUCGAUGCAUGCCAAGAAGAAUGCUCGGUAAUAUUCCUCUGGACGUACAUGCUGGCUGCCUUGGCACUCACAGUUUGGUCGAUGAUCUUUAUGUGGAUCCUAUCGUAGAAUAUGGUUCAAGAAACAAUGAACAAUCUUCUGCACUUCCAAGAACUUCCUUAUUCUUUGGAAGGAUUUAUAAAGGGAUUUAUUCUUUAUGCUUCUAA